GACUCCAUUUUUCCCCCUUAUUUUUCUCUUUCUCAAAAAUGGUGAGAUAAUAAUAAGACUAGGACCUGCCACGCACAGGAGUUUGAACAGGAGGGAAUCCAGAUAUUUAGAUUAUGAUGAUGGCAUUGGCAGUGGCAGGGAAGGGUGGCAGAUGAUGAGUGGUAAGGAGGAGGACAAAGGAGAUCAGAUUCAUGAGGAGCCCUCUUCACAAACAACAACAGAUGAGAGAGAAGUACUAAUGCUAAUGCAUGGGCCCUUCCAUAAAAAGGCUGCAAAACAAAUGAGUGGAACAGCAGCACCAGAGUGUAGUAGCAGCAGUAGCAAUAGCAAUUAAAUCUUUUUCCUGAUGACUUUUUCUUCUUUCUUGUGUUGUGUGGCUGUUUUUUUUCUCUAUCUUUUUUAAUAAUGGGGUCAGGUUCAUUCAUUAUUUCUCCAUUUCCAUACAUGAUCCCUGCAGAAGCUCCUAUUAUUUUCGCCUUUUUAACUCGCUCCCUUUAAUGAUAACCUGGCUUGUGAGUGAUGAUGAUCAACACUUUUGUCAUUGUUGAAGCCUUUAGCUCUUUGUGAGUUUAUGUUAAAGACUACUACAAAAGAGGGUAGAGGGAAAAUGAUGAAAUGAUGCAUCAUGAUUCUUUCUUCAUGGGUUAUGUAUGAGAUUCUGUCAACCGAGUUUCUUGGGUUCUGGAUUCUUGAAUAAAAUCCCACACUUUUCCUCUUCAUGCAAGCAAAACAGCUCACUUUUUGCGUUGGUGUCCUUCUUUAAGUAUUAACUUUCUGCAUUUGUAAAGACGGUGGGGUUAAUGCAGUAGUGUAGUACUACUCCUUGGCUUUUUCUACCCGACUCUAUACUAGCACUACUUCAAUAUUCAAGGUGUAUCAAAAUUUUCAAAAAAAUUACCGAGAAAGAGGGGUUCUUUAAGCACUGUUUAGUGGGCUUUGAUUCGUCGUACUGUUUGGGGAGAGCCGGGAAAACCCAUGAGUAUCCUUCAUGAGAGUUUCACAGUACUGCUUACACAGGAUUCUUUUGGAUUCUCUGAGGAAACCUACAUGUAGUGCCCGUGCCCAAGUAUACGUUUUCAAGCUUUCACCUUUUUCCUUGUAAUGGUAAGUAUCAGCAACAAUUUAGGUCCCUUGUAAGGCGAAGUAUCCUACCAAUCUACCUUCUCAUAUCCUCAUCCAGUAUAUUCUCUUGACAAGGCUGGUAAAGAUUAGUAGGGGAAGGUCCAUUAUCCAGUAGACUGGUUAUUUCAAGAUACUUGAUCUUUCCUCUACAAAGACAAUCAAGAGCUGUCUAUCAAUUUCCUUUGGGUUAAUGCUUGGUUGUCAACAUAACAGAAAUUGAUGCAUUCGAUAUGCCAAUAGACAUGACUGAACCAAGUUCUGGAAAUCCAUUUGAUGCAAACUUCCUCAGCUCUUCUGAAUUAAUUGUGUUGAACAACCGAGACCGGAUACUUUCUGGAAUUCCUGGGCCUUCAGUAGUGCAGGGUGACGGCACCAGUUCACAAGCAUGGAUCCAUGAGCCAAAUUCUGGCAGGAUCUCUGAUUCUUAUAUGUUAAGAAACACGCUGCCAGAAAGAGAACCUAUGGGGGUUGUCCCAUAUGGAGCUUCACAUCAAAUCAGUAGUACUCAAGUUCAGGAUAGAUAUAUGGAGGGAAUGCCCCUUUCUGCUGCAUCCAUUGCCACCCUUUUAGCUGCAAGGUCUGAUAAUCAGGAGAAUCUAGAAAAACCUGUUUCUUCUGCUCCUUUAAUUUAUCCCUUGGAAAUACCCAGAAGUAUUGUCCUAAAUGACAAUGCUGACAAUUUAAAUCCAUCUCACAGCUCUAUGAGAUAUGGGUAUGAUGGUUUACCUGCUUCUACAAGCACUAAAUGGGAUUUUAACAAUUUUGCUCCUCAUCCAGAGCUAGCAGGGGCAGCAGUGGGAAGGACUGGAUUGCAACCAUUUGAGUCAAUGAUGAACCUCUAUCCAAAUGAGUGGAUAACGUCAGAAAAUGCCAAUUUGGACUCUGAUAGUCCCUCAGGCUGUUCUAGGUUGAGUAACGAGCUGUCCCUCAGCCUUGCUAUGACAAACCCUUCUGUUGUACACAGGACUUCUAUCCAGGAUCAGUGUUCCGAAAUUUGCGGCUCCAGUAGCCCUUGUGAAAGAUGUUUGGGCUCUGAACAAACUUCUUGCAAUAGGAAUCUUUCUUUGGGCUUUGGUUCUUAUAGGCCAGUUCAGCUUUCGCAGUUCUUAUCUGGCUCAAGAUAUAUCCAUGUGAUGCAAGAAUUACUCGCUGAGAUAGCUGCCUAUUCUCUUGGAAGUCUUGACCUGAUGAAGUCUCCUGCUAUUGGAAUGGAAGACAGGGCAGAUGCUUCAAUUUCUUCAAGUUGCACUGCUGUAGAAGGAUAUUUAUCUGCAGCUUCUGAAGACUUUUCUGAUGCAUCAAACAUAGUAAGAUAUCAAAUUGAUCCCGUACUUCCAGGACGAAAUGCAGAAAGAAAGAAGAAGCAACUGCUGGGUUUAUUAGAAGCGGUUGAUGAUAGAUACAACGAAUGCUUAGACGAGAUACAUACCGUCAUUUCUGCAUUUCAUGCUGUGACUGAGUUGGACCCUCCUAUACAUGCUCGUUUUGCUCUUCAAACAAUCUCUUUCUUGUAUAAGAACCUACGCGAGAGGAUUAGCAACCACAUUCUUGCAAUGGGAGCACAUCUCAGUCAAGGAGUAGUGAGAGAAAAUGAAGAGUCUUUUGAGGCGUCUUUCAUCCAGAAGCAAUGGGCACUUCAGCAGCUAAAAAGGAAGGACAAUCAGUUAUGGAGGCCUCAAAGAGGGUUGCCAGAAAGAUCUGUUUCUGUCUUGAGGGCCUGGAUGUUUCAAAACUUCCUCCACCCGUAUCCGAAGGAUGCAGAGAAGCACUUGCUUGCAAUGAAAAGUGGCUUGACCAGGAGCCAGGUAUCCAAUUGGUUUAUAAAUGCUCGAGUACGACUUUGGAAGCCAAUGAUAGAGGAAAUGUAUUCUGAGAUGAAUAGAAGAAAAAUUCGUCACAAUGACGAAGAAACGAAUAGCAACCAAAGAAGUCGAGUGAGCCUCGAGAAUGGAAGAUUUUCGAUGUAUUGAAGUGGUAAAGGUACUUGAUUUUUGGCUACUGCAGCAAAGAUCCGUGCUGAUAAGUCACUGGACACUGGAACUGUAAAUUUUCAUGGCAUCCUACAAGGCAACUUAGUUAUCAUUGCAAAUGCUCUCUCCCCCUCACUAGUGAUGAUGCAGGGAACGCAGAUUAGAUGGUGGGAUGUGGUUAUUGCAAUGUAUGAACGUACAUUUUGCCUCUACGUGACUAAUAAAUUUCAGGGUUUAGAUAACCCUGAAUAUGAAUUUCAAACCAA